AAUAUCAAGCUUGAUAAUCAAAUGUUAGAUAAUCACGUGAGUUCAUGCAAAGAAACUCGACAACAACUUCACAUCAAACUAGAGUGUACUAAUAUAUGCAGUCAACCAGAUUGGAGACUAGUUGAAAAAUCAGACAUGAUGUCAUGUCCCACCUUGAACGGUGUUGGUUGA